GGCGACGAUCAUUCGCUGUUACGAUGAAGCAGACUGGAGCAAGCAGCCGCCGGAAAUCGCGGAAGGCGCACUUCACUGCAGAUUCCUCUUCGCGGUAAGAAAGGUUCAACGAAUGAUGUAAUAGCACCCGAACUGUAGGCGCAAGAUCAUGUCAACCUCACUCUCAAAGGAGCUCCAGGCAAAGUACAAUGUUCGAUCCAUCCCCGUUCGCAAAGAUGAUGAAGUGAUGGUCGUCCGCGGUAUCUAUAAGAAUCGCGAGGGCAAAGUCACAGCCUGCUACCGCGGUAAGUAUGUAAUCAAUGUCGAGCGGAUCACGCGUGAUAAAGCUAAUGGUGCUCAAGUGAAUGUUGGUCUUCAGCCAUCUAACUGCAUCAUUACUAAACUCAAGCUUGACAAGGAUCGCAAGGCUAUUCUCGACCGGAAGGAUCGGUCGAACACUGGCUCCGUCGAAGGCACGAGUCUCGCUGGAGUUGACUAAUAUGCAACUUACACAAGACAGACGGCUAUGUAUUGGGCUACUUAAUCAACAUGGAGGACUAUUUUCACCCCAAUGUUUCCAUAAGCCCACCCAAGAAGCAAGCGCUCACCCUUAUCAAAAGGAGGAGUGCGAUUAAUAGGGCGAAAUACUACCCCCCGGGCCCCUUGUCCUAUCCCCUUCCUUAUACACUUAGACUCACCGUGACCACACUGGCAGUGGCACCGUGACACGCUACGGCGCCGCGGCGUAAUUAAACACCGCAAACCAAAACUAGUUAGUGUAUUUUAAGGUAGCCGCGGCUCCCUGGCGGACAAUUCCAGCCCGGUCUUGCGUUUCGCAGUGCCAGUGGGGCCCGGCCGCCCGGG